AUGGACCACCACCUAAAUAUUCUCCUCAAAGUCCAUCUUAUUUCUCCAUCAAGUCCAUCAUACACUCGAACAAGUCCAUCAUACAUUCCAACAUCACCGAGCUACAGUCCAACAUAUGCACCUCAAUCACCAACAUCAUCAACAAUCUCAUCAUCAAUGUCAUCUCCACAUACAAUUCAUGAUGAUGAUUUAAAUGAUAAUGGAAAUUUAAUGGAUUAA